AUGCCCAAACUCGCUGUGCUGAAUGAGGCAGAGGAGGAAAUCCCUGAAGGGGCCAACUCCGCUGAGGUCGUUGUGGGUAUUGCGGAUAUGAUUGGAAUUGACAUAGUGAAUGAGCCUCAAUUUCUAUGGAUUGCAGAGGAGGCUUCGAGAGCCCACAUUCCACCAGAUUGGAAGGAGCUCACGAACGAGGAUGGCGAAGUGCUGUAUUACCACACCCAAGAACGCAAGCUACAGAAAGUUCAUCCUCUUAUCCUGCGAUACCAGGAGGUCUAUUUCAAAGCCAGAAGCUACACAAAGCAACUUGAAAGUGGUCAGAUUGGAAAUUUGCUCGAACAGACCGAUGCGAAGAUGGCUGCCAUCACUGCUUCUGUGAUGGGCCGAGCAUCAAAAGGCUUGCCUCCAGCCACUCCAGAAGUAGUUGAAAGCCUGGCCAGGGUUCUUAGCGUUGACAGCAAGAAGGAGUUUUUUCUUUUCAGGGUCGUGAAGCAGACAAUAGAGGCCUAUGUGGAGAAGAAACUUGAUUUGAGUAGCAUCAUUCAGGACUUGAAGGAUCCCAUAGAAUUCCUGCGCCAGAUCCGAAAAAAGCAAAACCAGGUGGACGUCAUCCGGAAGCCAACAACCGUAGUGAUGUGUCAGGAGUGUGAGAACCGGGCGGCUGUGCUAAAGUGUGAGCAAUGCAAGGACUACUUCUGUCAGGAUUGCUUCAACAGUACCCAUGCCACUGGCAAGCGGCGAGCCCAUAUCACUUCUGAUGUGGAGCAGCUGGUGUGUGCCGCCUUCGAAGACCGUGUUGCCACUUGUCAAUGUGUUCAGUGCGGUUUGUUCUAUUCUGAUGAGGGCUUCAUGCACGUCCAUGCUUGGGAUGCCGCACGUCCGGAUUUGCGGAAUCAUCUCAAGCGGGUCAUCAACGGCUUAGUCUGCUUGGAGUGCGAGCACUACAAUGCUUCCGUUCUCUGUGAGGAUUGUGUGGACCUUUUCUGUACAGAGUGCUUUAUCCGGCUCCAUCGCAAGGGCAAGCGACGUCAACAUGUUCAUUUGACCAUUGACAACACAGGUCAGAUCUUUCGAGGUGGUUUUCUGGUGCCACCUGAGGAGGCACAGGUGUUGACAGAUCGCGCACGAUCCACGGUUGAGACAGGUCCAUGGGUGCCAUUUCGCGAUGAUGAGCUCAAUGUCUAUUGGUACCACUUGGUAGAGAAAAGGUCUGUCUCGCAGAGUCCCGUUGAUCCGGUCACAGGAGUGGAUGCGGCAGUUGGUGUUGACCCUCUUCCUGAUGAAGAGGAGGAAGCGGUUCCCUUUCAUCAGGCCCAGAUGGGUGGCAUGUUGUCCUCGGACCAGAAGGCACUCUACUUUCUUGGGAUCAUCGACAUCCUGACGCCCUACGAUGGACGAAAGCACUUAGAGCAUUGGUUCAAGGCGCUUCGGUAUGAUAGCAAGGGUGUGUCUUGCUGCCCUCCGGCUAUGUAUGCUGAGCGCUUCAACCAAUUCAUGAAAAAUGCAAUUGUCUGA